AAAGACAUUAAUUUAGUAUAUGGAGGAGGCAAUAUUGGAUUAAUGGGCUUGAUAUCGCAAACUGCCUUUGAUGGUGGAAAACAAGUUCUUGGUAUUAUUCCCAAAGCUCUAAUGGAUAAAGAGAUCACUGGCAUCACUCUAGGAGAAGUAAAACCAGUGGCCAAUAUGCACCAAAGAAAAGCAGAAAUGACUCGCAAUUCUGAUGCUUUUAUUGCUAUGCCUGGAGGUUAUGGUACUCUUGAAGAACUUUUUGAAGUGAUUACGUGGGCACAAUUAGGCAUACAUAACAAGCCGGUUGGAUUAUUGAAUAUUAAUGGCUACUACGACUCAUUGCUUUCUUUCAUUGACCAAGCUGUAGAAGAAGGUUUCAUCAACCCAAGUGCAAGACAUAUCAUUGUCUGCACUUCAAAUGCAAAGCAGCUUAUGGAGAAACUCAAGUAA